AUGACUUUUCGAUUUGCCUGGUUUGUGCUGUUCAUUUCUGUAUGUUGCACUGAAAAUGAUUAUCUGGAAGGAUCUGGCGAAGGAUCUGGAGAAGGUGAUCUGUUGAAUUCAGAAAAUCUUUGGCAACCAUCAACCAUGCAACGAAAUGAUGAUGGCAACGAUGCUGUGGAAUUUACCGGGACAUAUCCAAUGAAAGAAGAAUGUGGCGUGGAUUUGCUAUUUCUUCUGGAUACGUCUGGAAGCUUGGAGCAAAUUUAUACACAACAUAUUAAUUGGACCACCCAAUUGACUGAAGCAUUGCUAACUGAUAAGGAUGACGUACGUAUUGCCAUGAUUCAGUAUGCCGAAACACCGAUUGUCGAAUUUUCCUUUGGUACUUAUCGAGAUCUGCCUGAUAUUACUAAUCAUAUUAUGACAAUUAAUUUACAUUCCGGUGGUACCAGGACGGGUAAAGCACUACUGGCAGCAAAAGGUGAAUUGUUUAGUGAAGAGAAAGGAGCCAGAAAAAAUGCUAGCAAAAUUAUUGUUCUAUUUACGGAUGGAUUAUCUGUCGAUGAUCCUAUAAAGCACGCUCAGCAGUUACGUGAAAUCGAAAAGAUCAAAAUUUAUGUUGUAUAUGUUGGGUCAGACGGUUUUGAACAGGAAAUGAAUCGCAUUGCUGGAGGAAGAUCGAAUGUCUUCGGAUCCAAUGAAUUCACUCGAUUAAAAAAGACAUUAGUCGCUGAAGUGGAAGAUGCCGAAAUGUGCGAAUCUCAGAAGGAAUGGGAAAUACCAACAGCUGCUAUAAAAACAAUCACAAAUACAACAGAGAUCGAAUCAGAUCAGAUUACAACAUUAACAAAACUUUAUACAACUAGCAGAACACGCACGUCAACAUAUCCUACAUCACAUAAAUCAUUAACGAAAGAUACACAAUUGAAACAUAAGAGCAAGAAAAUUCUAGCCAAGCAACAAACUGCAUCCAAAGAUCAGGUUGUGAAACUUUCGGAAACAAAUGUACAUGAUAAAAUUAAUGAUGAAAAUAUUGAUGAAGCACCGAUCAAUAUAGUGAGUGCUGAUGAACAGUUUGUAAGAGCUAUAACCAUUCCUCAACAAUCGAUCUUCAAUAAAGAUCGAAAUAAAAGUGAUAAAGAAAUUGAAAAUAGUGUAACCCUUCCUACGUUAAACAAGAAGCUACGAAAGGAACAACCACGAACAGAAGUGAUAACAUCGUCUACAACCCAUUCUUUUACUGAAGGUCGAGAAAUUUCACAAUCAGUUGAUCAUCCGAGUAAUAAGACGACUUUAUCGCCACGACAUGUGACAAUGCAGCACAUUUCAACUGCAAGAAAGUUAGGAAAAACAGGAUCAGCCGGAAACAUCGAAAAAAGUCAAGGACAGUGUCCACGAGAAAUUUUAUUCAUUGUUGAUAGCUCUGGAUCAGUACAAAGGAUAUACGAUCAACAAAAAGAAUAUCUUUUGUCACUACUCAAUGAAUUACGAAUUGGUGAAGGCAAUCAACGAGUUGCUUUGAUUCAAUUCGCUGGUAGUUCACAUCAGAGAGUUGAGUGGACGUUUGAUACAUAUAAAGAUAUUAAGGAUAUCGCGGAAGCGCUGAAUCAAGUCCGACACUUCACCGGGACAACAUAUAUCGGACGUGCACUGGAAAAUUCAAUUGGUGUUUUGGAAACUCGGAGACAAGGAAUACCAACAACUGUAAUACUUGUAAGCGAUGGCUUCUCGCAGGAUGAUGCUAGUAAGCCCGCAGAAGAAAUUCGCCGAAUGUCCAACGUUGAUUUUUAUGCUGUUAGUAUGUCAGAGCUUAACAAUUUUGAAUAUCUUACAAAACUGACGGACGAUCCAUCAAAGGUAUAUGUUAGACCACGAAGUGAAGACCUGAAACGGGAUUUAUUGAGCUUGAUUCACUGUAGAACAUGA